UGUGGUGACAUUUUAUUUUCGAACUUGCGCGUUUUCGAUGUUCCUUCUUAGCAAUUAACAUUUUAGUACUGCUAACAUUUGCUCCUUCUCUACUCAUCAACAUUCUCUGCUUUAAGUGCUUCAGUUGUUUUGUUGUUGUGUUGGUGAAGUGUUGAAGAAUAUAUAAAGACGGAGCUGCAUUUAAAAAUUAGACUACAGCGCUUCCUGGUUGAAAGGAAAUGGAUUGCGACAUCUAGCGUCGUGAAACUACACUCUGCGUAUAAUUGUGAAUUGAAAAGAUGGUGACAGAGAACGUAUAUUACGUAUACAAUUUUUGUGCCAGCUGAGUUUUGUUUAUCAUUUGCAUUGCGAUGUGCAAUCAUUCAAUUUCACUUGCAUUAAUUCAAUUUCACUCGCUCAAAUUGGAAUUUCGGAAACGCGUAUCAAAUACAAUGGGAGAACGACAUUUCUCAAACUUAUUCAGAAAUUAAAUGAGCCAGUCCAAUCAGAUGGGAAUCAUUUACGUACACAUGCAUGCAUACACGUACAUUCAUUAAGAUUUUAAAUCGAAAAGAUGUUAAAUUAAUUGAUUCAAUUGUAUGGCCAAGACGAUCAAAGAAAGUGCUGUCAGAAAGAAAGCUAUUUUUUAAAAUUUUUUGUAAUAAAUAAUAGAAAAAUUUGUUUAACAAGAUUACACCAAUUAUUUUUGCAGCGUUGUUAAAAACCGUGUAUUCGUGUAUAAAUAUACUUACCUCUCCUUGGCUUACGUUCAAAGGUUACAUCAUUGGUGCUGCGCUAUACUAUUGAGGAGCAUCUGUUGUUUGAUCGCUUACAUCAGCAUAGAUCAACGAACUGAGUUUAAAUAACCUACAUUGUUCGCUUCUUAUAUGAGAAGUUCAUAAUAAUAUAAUCAGAAAAAGUAAUAUCUUAUCUUAUAGUGCAAACAUAAACAUUCAGUCACAAAGAGAACCAUUUACAGGUUUAGCCAAUUUUCAAUUAAGAGAAUAUUUUCCCUUGCGGCUGUAAUUGCUUUAAUAUGGGCGAUUAUGACGUUACCGGCAAUUAUAAGCAACAUUGGAGUGAUAUGUCCAAUGAUUACCAACAACCGCAACAACAAAAACAACAAUUAGCCACGGUAACACAAAUACCAAAGCAAUAUGAAAAUGUUAAAAAUGUGGAUGAAAUUGAAAGCGCGCUGGCGAGUUUUGGGGAAGAGGCAGCGAUUUCAGUAUGCCUAACAUCGCAAUCGGAGCGGUUGACAGUUUCUCGAUUAAGGGGUGGUCACGAUUUAGACAGCAACUAUUUACUGAACAGAAACAAUCAGAUACCUCAGCAAAAAAAAAUGUUCGGAAAGAUGACUAACAUUGCGAAGAAUCGAAACUUUAUAGUAGAUUUAUUGGCCAUAUUUUUUGGUAUUGGAACAUGGAUAGGUGUAAACGGUACCUUCAUUCAAGUACCCUUGCUGGUUAAGGAAGCGCCGGAAAGUUGGAGUUUACCAUCGUAUCUUAGUAUUGCUGUGCAAAUUGGCAAUAUCGGUCCUAUCACAUACACUUUAAUACAACAUUUCUUAAAAAAAAGGAUAAGCGAUGCGCUUUUUAUUUAUAUACUAUUGGUGCUUGGCACAUUGUCGGCUAUAUUCACUAGCUUCUUUUACGAGAAAACUGUGAUGAUAUUUGGCGAGGAGAGGAGCUUAGCCUUGUAUAUACUUACUUUUGUAUCCGCGCUUACUGCAUGUACGAGUUCGGUACUUUUCAUACCCUAUAUGGGUCGUUUUAAGGAAAUGUACUUAGUAACAUAUUUUGUUGGAGAGGGAUUAAGUGGCAUGCUGCCAAGUGUUGUAUCACUUAUACAAGGAAUAGGUGGCGACGCCGAAUGCAUCUUGGUAAACACCACCACAUCUGGUGAAGAAAUAUUUGAGAAAGUAAAUCCACCCGCACGUUUUAGUCCAAUGGAAUAUUUCCUUUUUAUAUUCGUUAUAUUUUUAUGCAGUGUAAUUGCGUUUACAUUGCUCGAUCGCCUUAAAUUGGCCAAACGUGAAUAUGCUGCAGGUCAAAUCGAUUUUGGCAACAGUUAUAAAUAUGAAGAGAACAACGCAACAAAUACUAUAGAUGCUGUAGCUAACGAUUCAACAGAGAAGCAAGCGAAUUCAACACAUAUUUCCUCAACAGAAUAUGUUGCACUAUUGCUGCUCAUUGGUUGUUUGUCAUUCUUUGCCAAUGGCAUGUUUAAUUCUAUACAAUCCUACUCAAGUUUGCCAUAUGGAAAUUCAGCGUACCACCUGUCGGUAACAUUAAGUGUGAUUGCUAAUCCGGUAGCGUGCUUUCUGGCAAUUUUUUUGCCACACACAUCGUUGCGGCCUAUAUAUGUGCUGUGCUGCUUAUGCGCUACUUUAACUGCCUACGUUUUCAUGACAGCUUGCAUGAGUCCACUACCACCGUUACAUGACACAACUAUUGGAUCGACUUUAGUGAUUAUUACAUGGACUCUGCUGAUUGGUUUAGUAAGCUAUACCAAGUUGUCUAUUUCGUCGAUAAUGCGGUCACAGGGCGGUCGGUCACUGGUGUGGACUGGUUGUCUAACUCAAAUUGGUGCUUUAUUAGGUUCGGUCCUAAUAUUUAUUUUAAUUAAUUUUACUAAUAGUUUUGAAGAACCACCGGCUAGUGAAUGCUAAUAAAAUAAAAACAAAAAAAAACUAUAUUUACAUGGCAGGAAAUGUACUUAUAUCAAAACGAGCAAAAAAUUACAUUUUUUAUAUAUAUAAUUUAGUUGUUUGUUGGUAUCACUUUAAAUAUUUUUAUCAACAAACAGUAAAUACAUUAAAAAGUUAGCUGAAAAAUUAAAAGAAAGUGCAUUUAGACAAUAAAAUUGAUAUAAACCUACAAUUGCAUUUUUAAACGAGGUAAUAGUGUGCACAUAAUUUCCCUUCAUAAUAUUCUUUUAUGGCCACAACCGAGAAAAUAAAACGACUAAAGCAACACACGAUAAUAUAAUAUGUUUACAUUUUAAUAAUUUUAGCUCUCAAAAGUUUGGAUGUUUAUCUAAAUAUUUCAUUAAAAUUUAAUGUUAACAGUGCUUUUUUCACGGAAAUUAUUAUAUUAUCAAUAGAUUUAAAAAAAAAAUAUUAACCAUACCUUUUAUACAUAUCUUACAAUUUUUAAAAUUAUUCAUAUUUAUUGCUAAGUCAUACUUUUUUUUAUUCCAUUCUCCAAAUUUAUUUUAAAAUUUAAUAUAUUUUACAUUUUUUAUAUCACUUUUCAUUUUUGAAAAGCCAUGAUUUAUAACGUUAAGUUACAUUGCUGAACAAAGUUGAUUUAUACUAAAACUUCUUACUGCUGAUUUGUAGACGAAAUUUUGUUUUUCUUUCGUUUUAGCGCAAACAAGUCGUACUCACUGUCAUCAUUGUCACCCUCGUAGCCCAUUUCAACACAGCUACUUUCAUUACCACACAUGUUGCCUAUGCAAAAAUUUUCUGCGGAUUGGUAGACAUCCAUGCUAGUGACACUGCUGCAGCAGGAAGCGUAGCAUGACGGUGUUAUAUUUUUCCCGUUUUCACAGCUAUUUACCUGUCCUGACUUAUCAUUACUAAACAUGUUUAUUCGAUGUUUUAAGGUAGAGUUGCUUUUGGUAGAGAUUUGACUUUUAACGGCAGCUAAUGCAGGCUCAGUUGAUCCAGAAUCCUUUAUUUUAUUAUCGUCAUUAACAACAAUAUUGUUGAGAGUAUCUGAGCUAUGUUGGGGAAAAGUCGGCGACUGCCCACAAUCAUUUUCAAAUUCUAUAACUUUUGUCGUUAUAUUAAUGUUCCCUUUGAUAGCGUUCACCGAUUGAGUAAUAACAUUUUCCAAAUGUGUACCAAGGAAAGUAUCGAUUUUUUCGAGAGAUUCUUUUGCGCGCUUAAAAAGCACGAGACUUUCCUUUAGUACAUGGCUCUCAUUAAGUUUUUCGAAAUUCUGCAAAAUUUUACGAAUGUCUACCUUGCUUUCAAUAGAUACAGGUAUCUUUGUUGAAUUUGAUUCUCUUGCGGUUUCGAAUUCUUUAAUUAGUUUUUUGAUUUUGGUAACAUUAUCGCUGGAAUCAAUAUCGCUGUUUUGUGGCAA